AUGAGGGGAAAACAGGUUUCAGGAAGAGCCACGUUGGUGCUAUGUCUUGCAAGUUUUCUUGCAGGAUCACUGUUUUGUGCUAGCCGCAUGACAUGGACCACUCAACCAUCUUCUGAUCCGAACAAAGAAGCUCAUCAAUUUCCCAUCAUUUCCAACCAGUUGAAGAAGCUAGAGGCCUCUGUCAAACAAGAUUGUGAUCACAAGCGGAAAUUGGUUGAAGGAAAAUCGGAAGAUGACAUUAUGGGGGAGGUGACAAAAACCCAUCAAGCUAUCCAAUCACUGGAUAAAACAAUUUCAAGGUUGGAAACGGAAUUAGCAGCAGCAAGAGCAAACCAAAGAUUAGAUGGACAAGUUAAGUUAGACGGAGCAUCAAACAAUGCCAGUCCUCCUAAACAAAAAGCUUUUGUUGUCAUUGGAAUCAACACAGCUUUUAGCAGCAAGAAACGACGAAAAACAGUUCGAGAAACCUGGAUGCCUAAAGGAGAUGAGCUAAAGAAGCUGGAGAAGGAGAAAGGGAUUGUUAUAAGGUUCGUGAUAGGGCAGAGUGCCACGGCGGGGGGCAUGCUUGAUAGAGCAAUUGAAGCAGAAGAGGCAGAGCACAAGGACUUCCUUAGGCUCAACCACGUGGAGGGCUACCAUGAGCUCUCCACCAAGACCCGCUUGUAUUUCUCCACUGCCAUCUCCAUUUGGGAUGCUGACUUUUAUGUUAAGGUCGACGAUGAUGUCCAUGUUAAUCUCGGUACGCUAGUGAGCGCACUUGCAAGCCACCGGUCCAAACCCAGAAUUUAUAUUGAGGGGGUCAAAUAUCACGAGCCGGAGUAUUGGAAAUUUGGUGAAGAAGGAAACAAGUAUUUCAGGCAUGCCACUGGCCAAAUCUAUGCUAUCUCUAAGGACCUGGCUGCCUACAUCUCCAUCAAUUUGCCCAUAUUGCAUAGGUAUGCCAAUGAGGAUGUAUCACUGGGCGCCUGGUUAAUUGGCCUUGAAGUUGAACAUGUGGACGACCGCUCCAUGUGUUGUGGGACCCCUACAGAAUGCGAAAGGAGGGCAGAAGCAGGUAACGUAUGCGUGGCUUCAUUCGAUUGGAAGUGCAGCGGGAUAUGUGAUUCUGUGGAGAGGAUGAAAGACGUGCACAACUUGUGCGGGGAGGGAAAUGGUGCUGUUUGGAACAUUGAUCUUUGA